AUGGACCCGAUGGAUAUUGUUGGUAAAUCGAAGGAAGACGCUUCUCUUCCUAAAGCAACUAUGACCAAAAUUAUUAAAGAGAUGUUGCCACCAGACGUUCGUGUAGCACGGGAUGCUCAAGAUCUUCUGAUUGAAUGUUGUGUAGAGUUCAUUAAUCUUAUAUCCUCAGAGUCUAAUGAAGUAUGUAGCAGAGAAGAUAAGCGAACCAUUGCACCUGAACAUGUUCUCAAGGCUCUGGAGGUUCUUGGUUUUGGAGAGUACAUCGAGGAGGUUUAUGCUGCUUAUGAGCAACACAAGCUUGAAACAAUGCAGGACACUUUGAAAAGUGGUGGCGGGAAGUGGAAUGGAACAGAGAUGACGGAGGAAGAAGCAGCAGCAGAGCAACAGAGAAUGUUUGCAGAGGCAAGAGCGAGAAUGAAUGGCGGUGGGGUUGCUGCCCCGAAGCAACAACCGGAGGACGAUAGAAGUUUAGAGAGCUAA